AUGAGAACUCUGUGGAUGUGUUCUCUGGCACACUUCGUGUGUUUUGUCAAUGCUAAUUACAACUGUCUCAGUCGGUGGUGUGAUACAUGUCUUCCUGUGAAGGUCCACGAUGCACCUGGGGUAGGUUUCGAUCUGACCCCCUCAUACGGGUGGGUAUACCAUCAGACAGCCGCGGUGCACUACUACAAUGGAACUGUUGUCGAGGCUGCUAAGGUUCUGGGGAGUCCGGAGUACAUCGAACUCAUGGCACGUCUAGCUACCACAUCUGAGCCGCUACUGGACUCAACCCUUGGCUUCACGAGUGAACUUCUAUCACGCUUAGCGGAAUAUAUACUCCCACGCACAUCGUCACCGUGGAGAGACUGGUGGCGUCGACUGAACACAAAGCUCGGUCGACCAGUAAAAGCAGAUGACGUCCAAAUCAUCAGUGAUCUACUCCAACAAUUGAAAAUCUCCACCGAAAAUAGAAUAGCUCAGCCCCUCGAGAGGGUUGCCGUUACAGAUCCCGGCUUCCAUUCGCUUAACUCGGCGACAAUCAGCGCUGCACUUCGAAUGUCAAAUCUACGCACAUGGCUAGGCGACAGCGUGCAUUACCCUUGGCGACUCGUGGAAGGAGAUACUGUCUACGCAGCGAACGGUUAUGGACUAUGCGCCGAUUACUCGGAGUCCUUCCAUUGCACGAACGAAUUUGACGAGUCAUACCAUCCUACCAUCUUCUUUGUUUCCUAUAGCCGCACUCUCUUAUAUGCUAGCAUCGUGGAAGGUGCUACUGCUGAAGCUUUAGCUCCGCUUACCCUUGUUGAGGCACAACUGGUAGAUUACGAGCUUGGGCUAGAUCUUCUCCUUGAGAAAGACCAAGACGCAUUAUGGGACCAUCUGCGUUCACAACUCCAGAUCCUCCCUCGGGAGUUCGGAUAUCCUGUUACGCAUGUCUUUUUAGCUGGUGAGAGUGUAACACACCCUCGCUUCCUGGAUAUCUUCAGGGACGCUAUGUCUAAACUGUCACUCGAAUCUGUCAACAUCAAAUCCGGAAUCGACCCGACUUUCGCAGCGGCUCGUGGGGCGGCACUAUACGCCCGAAGACGUCAAGAGGUGCCGGGCGACUGCAUGGAACGGAGGGAAUGUGAAGAGACGAGGAUGCACGAGCGAUUGCACACUUCCACACGAGAGGAGCUGCGCUAA